CAUACAUCCAAAAUGGCGACUGCGAUGUAUUUGGAACACUAUUUGGACAGUCUUGAAAGUCUGCCAGCUGAUCUACAGAGAAACUUCACAUUAAUGAGGGACUUGGACCAACGAAAUCAGGAUGUAUUGAGAGAGAUCAAAACACUCUCAGAUGAAUACUUAGAAAAUGUCCGGAAUCUUCCACCUGAUAAACGUACUUCAUCACACGACAGCAUAGAAAAACUAUAUGUCAAAAGUAAAGAAUAUGGAGAUGACAAAGUUAAUUUAGCAAAUCAAACUUAUGAAAUGGUAGAUAAGCACAUACGAAGGUUGGACUCAGAUUUAGCCAGAUUUGAAGCAGAAUUAAAAGAAAAAACACUAUC